AUGUCGCUCAUGUCUGCUUUACAACGAGGGGGCGGGAGUCUAGAUUGGCCAACGGAGACGAAGCCGUCCUACGAGUACACUGGUGCACAUGGGUUCAAGAGGCGGAAUACGAACGACCCUUAUUUCAGCACCGGCCUUCCCACACCUCCUGGGUCCAAAGCCAUGCCGGGAGUGACGUUGGGAAAUGGCUAUGCCGCAGUUUCCAGUCACACCUCCCAACCUGUCGGUGAUUACCCCCAAAAUGGCGUUGGGUCUUUGCAAAGCUCUAGAGGGCCAACCACCCGAUCCCAGGCCAAUUCAUACAGACUUGUCCAUGGUUCAAAUUCCACCUCGAUUUCGUUCAGUCAUCAAGCCGCGGAUCACACUCAGCCCAGUGACAUUGCACCUCAUCUGCAGAUACCGGAGUCGGUGAACAAGAGCAAAGGCAGCCUGGCAGAGUUCACAGCGGAGAUUACUUGUCUAUUCUGGUUUGAAACCGCCAGCACAAUACAAUUCGCUGAAGAUCUGCCAAAGGACAAGCCCGUGGACCGAGGGUUACUUCCAGAUGCCGUUCCCACCAUUGGCUUUCGGAAAUGGGUAACUACGAUCAUUAGCACUACCCAAGUAGGCAAGAAUGUCGUACUCCUGGCACUGAUGUUCAUUUAUCGUCUCAAAAAGUUCAACCCCGCGGUCAGUGGGAAGCGCGGUAGUGAGUACAGGCUCUUGACAAUUGCUCUGAUGCUCGGCAAUAAGUUUCUGGACGACAACACCUACACAAACAAAACCUGGGCAGAGGUUUCUGGCAUCUCGGUGACCGAAAUCCAUAUUAUGGAGGUCGAAUUUCUCAGCAAUAUGAGAUACGACCUAUACGCCUCGGCCGCAGAGUGGACUGAAUGGAAGGCCAAACUGGGAAGGUUUGGCGCGUUCUAUGACAAAGCAUCACAGUUACCUUCCGCCGACGAGAGCAAGAUGACAGCGCCGGCCACACCAACGUCGCAGAGCCUUUCAUAUAAAUUGCCUUCGCCAUCUUCACCCCGCCAUGCUGUCAGCCCCUUUACUUUGUCGCCUUCUACGAGCUCCUAUCCUACCUUGCCUCACCCGUUACCUUCAACAGUUCAAUUACCGAGCUCUCCUCUACGACCGCAAUACGGAGGCGGCAUUCCGCGAGAAGAGCGUAAGAGGAGCCUGGACCUCUCUACAGAUCUCCCACCAGCGAAGAGGCCACAAUAUCCUACGCCGAUGCAGAUUGGCUCUAUUACCAAUUCUGGACCACAUCUCCCCUACCCUCAGGCCGCCCUUCGGAUACCUCCCGUCAAUAACAAUGCCCCAGAGCCACAGCAGUCUUCAGUGUCUUUGGAUAUUCCACGACUGGAUCUAUCUCGGGUUCAAAGCACGGCUUCUCAUACUUCCACUCAAUUGGCUCCCCUGUCGAUGCCGUCCAGUCGUGCAAUGGCCAGCGUCUAUCCGAGCACGACCACUGGCUACUCUCAGCCUGUGACUCCGAUAUCUGCUAUCCCUCAAAACGUGUUCCAAAAUCCUAUUCCCAACCUUGGUGAAGGGCCCCGGUUGAUGUCGAAUCACCCUUCGGCUCAUACCUCUCCUUCGAAUGGUUUUCACAAUGUUACUCCUACUCUUCCCGGCCUCUCGCCAUCAUACUUUCUGACUCACCGUACUUCUCCAUAUCGUCCGGUACGACAUGUCAACACCUUACUGUUUCCACCACCUUCCGCCACCCUGCAAGCUCCUUUGAAGAGUAUUCCAUACGACCAGAUUCAUUACCAACCCCUCGGCAAACUUCCUUCAGAGCGUCGGACUGGCCCACUUCCUUUCAUGCAAGCGGAUGCCUGGCAGAGGAGCAAUGUCUCUACCCCUUUGACCCAUCCCCAGUACCAAUUUUAG